UUGUGUUUACCCUAUCCUACAGACCAGGUUCCCAGAAUAAGAAGGCAGACGCACUGUCCCGGUUGUAUGACACAGAGGAGCGGCCCAUGGAUCAGACUCCCAUUCUACCGGCCUCCUACCUGGUAGCGCCGGUCGUGUGGGAGCUGGACGCGGACAUUGAGCAGGCGUUGCGUACAGAGCCCGCUCCCCCCCCAGUGUCCCGUUGGGCGUAUGUACGUUCCGUCUGCUGUCCGUGACCAGUUGAUCUAUUGGGCCCACACGUCUCCCUCCUCUGGUCAUCCGGGGAUCGGUCGGACAGUGCGCUGUCUGACUGGGAAGUACUGGUGGCCGACCUUGGAAAAGGACGUGAGGGUUUAUGUUUCCUCCUGCUCGUUGUGUGACCAGUGUAAGGCUCCGAGAGACCUGCCCAGAGGGAAACACUACGAUCCUGGUCGUUGUGGAUCGUUUUUCUAAGUCCUGUUGUCUCCUCCUUCUGCCCGGUCUUCCUACGGCCCUACAGACUGCGAAAGCCCUGUUUACUCACGCCUUCCGGCACUACAGGGUGCCUGAGGAUAUAGUGUCGGAUCCGGGUCCCCAGUUCACGUCGAGAGUUUGGAAGGCGUUCAUGGAACGUCUGGGGGUCUCGAUCAGCCUUAGGUCAGGUUGAACGGGAAUAAGACGGUACAGAUGCAGAAGAUCAAGUCUCGUCUGAAGUCAGAGUUUGAGUCCCUAGAGUCUGAGGAGAAACAUCUGAAGGAAUACAAACAGGAGAUGGACCUCCUAAUGCAGGAGAAGAUGGCCCAUGUAGAGGAGCUACGACUUAUACACGCUGAUAUCAAUGUGAUGGAGAGCACUAUAAAGCAGUCGGAGAACGACUUGAACAAGCUGCUGGAGACGACGCGGAGGCUCCAUGAUGAGUACAAACCCCUGAAGGAACAUGUAGACGCCCUGAGGAUGACCCUGGGCCUUCACAGACUGCCCAACCUCAACGAAGAGGAGGAGAAACUCUCUCUGGAUUACUUUGAGAAACAGAAGGCUGAGUGGCAGAAGGAGCCUCAUGAGCCCACAAUCCCAGAAUCGCUUGCAGCAGCAGCUGCCGCGGCCCAACAGCUCCAGGUCUCCCGGAAACAAGAUGCCCGCCAGACUGCCACUUUCAGACAACAGCCCCCUCCCAUGAAGGCCUGUCUGUCAUGCCACCAGCAGAUCCAUCGUAACGCUCCCAUCUGUCCACUGUGUAAGGCCAAGAGUCGCUCCCGCAACCCCAAGAAACCCAAGAGGAAGCCUGACGAGUAGACACACACACACACACACACACACACACACCUCGUAUUGCUACAUUUCACAUCUGGAAUUCAGUAAUACAUAUGUCCAUAACCUUCUCCAUGCCAUGGAACCUACGUUUAGUAUUAUCUUCAUUAUCCUAAGUGUUGUGUUAUUUUAAUGGUGCUAAAGUGUUGAAAUGUAACUGUUAAGGUUUAAUAGACCUUAACCAUGUUAUAUCCAAUAGGACAAACCAUUAUACUGUAACUGUACCCAUGUUGUGAUUGGUUCAGGCAUUAGAAAUGUAAAACUGACUGAAUGUACUUGUUACUCUGUAUUUAGUAUGUCUGCAUUGCAUGAACACUUUCCAUGGCUGAGCUAUAAUGACUGUGUUGUAACUGUUUGUGAUGAUAUGAAAGUGGGUUCAUUGUUGCAGUGUAUAACCCAGGAAUUUGUUCUAAUGUUUACUGAACACAUAAGGGACGGUCAAGGACUGAGAAAACCAUGACGCUUAUUUGCUUUUAACAGUGUUGUAAUGUGAAACUUUUAAUACAAUAAUUCAGAAAUAAAUGGCUGUUUUGU